AUGCGAAAACUCGCCCUAAGUGACGCUGAGAUCGUGGUCCUAUCCGCUUUGGUGAUCUUGGAUCCAGGGUUAUUAGCGCAUUUAUCUGGGCUAUCCUACAUUGUUCUUCUUAUAGUGAUUCCGUCUCAGUCUACCAGAGAAAAAAUGGAUGUCUCGACGCAGACGUACUCUUCUACCUCACCUGCCUUGCCGUCUGACCUCGGAGAAAUUCAUGAUGAAAUGCCAGCAUGCACGCAGCCAACUCGUCCUGCUCCUGUUCAUCCAACAGGUGAGAUUUAUUCGACACAGCGCAAGAAAUAA